AUGGAUCUGGGAGAACAUUCUGCUAAUAAUUCAGUUCCUGUCUCAUCUUCAUUUCGCAAACUAAGGAAGUCGUUUAAUGCUGUGCUCCCGAUCGUGCGUUUACGGAAGUUAAUGAAGCGGCUUUGCGUCGAUCCAGCUGCUGUAGAGAUUUCAACCAGCCCAAGAGAAGUGCAGGAAAAUUUGAAAAGUCCAGGGCAUUUAAUAUUACAGUUUUCAAACGAUGUACGUGGUCCAAUAUAUACUGGGCUCCCCAUAGGAGAUCAAGAGGGCUCCCCCUUAGAUCUACAUUUAAUUGACUCCAGUACUCAAAAUAUUAUGAAUUCUGAUCCAGAAGCAUCAGCAAAAGUGGAAAUAGUUGUCCUUGAGAAGGAUUUUACAAGUCGUGGUGGCGAAAAAUCGCUGAUUCGUGGAAAUCCUCAAGUCAGCUUGAAAAAUGGGAGUGUUUCUAUAAGUCAUAUUUCAUUCAAACAUACUAGAAAUGCUUUGAAAAAAAGUGAAUUGAGACUAUGUGCAAGAGUUGUGUAUCCCUACGACAUUGGGACCAGAAUCGUGGAAGCAGUUACUAAACCAUUUUUCGUCAAGGAUCGUCGUUGCAUAACCAAGAGAUUGAAGCCCCUAUUUCUUCAUGAUGAAGUUUGGAAACUGGAAACAAUUGGCAAAGACGGUCCUUUCCAUAAACGUUUGAUGAAGGAAAACAUUAAAACAGUCAACGACUUCUUAACUCACUACUUUUUGAACCGUGAAAACCUACUCAGAAUCCUUGGCAGGCAUAUGAACGUGGAGAAAUUGGAUGCAGCAGUAAAUCAGGCAAAGAGUAAACUUGACUUGAAAAGAUAUGUGUAUCGUCAGGAAAAUCUACGAGUGGUUUUUACUGAUGUGGGAGAAUUGAUUGGAGUACAAUUUUAUCAAGAGGGCCGGUCUUUCUCUUUCCAAGAGCUCAUUCAAGAUGUAAAGGCUAUUGCAAUGGAAAUGGUAAAAAUAGCCUUUCAAGAUGGCCGCCAGAAUUUCAGGGUUUUAUUGGAUGAUGAUAGUUUUUAUAAUGGAUUCACUUCCGAUGAGGCUUAUAAUUAUGUAAUUGGCACACAGCAGCUGCAACCAGUGCCUAAUAAUGUUGCUAAUGACAUGCCAAACACAAGUUUGAUAGUGAAUAAUUAUGACAAUCAAUAG